ACAUCUGUCUUAGCAAUGGCGGCUCCUGACGUGAACAAUCUGCCUUGGGUGGAGAAAUAUCGACCGAAGACGUUGCAGGAUCUGAUUGCCCAUGAAGACAUAAUUGCAACAAUUGACCGAUUCGUCUCGCAAGACAAAUUUCCUCACCUUUUAUUUUAUGGCCCGCCAGGCACCGGAAAAACAUCGACGAUCCUGGCAACCGCCCACAGACUUUAUUCGCCGACUGAAUUUAACUCGAUGGUGUUAGAAUUAAACGCAUCGGAUGAUCGUGGUAUUGGUAUUGUGCGCGGGGAAAUUCUAAAUUUUGCUUCAACACGCACAGUCUUUAACAAACGGUUCAAGCUAAUUAUUCUUGACGAGGCGGACGCCAUGACCCAAGACGCACAAAACGCUCUUCGUAGGGUGAUUGAAAAAUAUACGGAUAAUGCGCGCUUCUGUAUCAUCUGCAAUUACCUUUCCAAAAUUAUCCCGCCGCUUCAGUCUCGAUGUACACGAUUUCGAUUUGGACCCCUAUCAAUUGAGCAAAUGGUGCCACGUAUUAAGCAUGUCAUUGCGGAAGAAAGCGUGAAAAUUAGUUCGACGGGAAUUGACGCCAUUAUAGAGCUGUCUGAGGGAGACAUGCGGAAGUCACUUAAUAUUCUCCAGUCGGCCUUUAUGGCUUUUGCUUCUAAGAAUGAAGUUAUUACGGAGGAUGAGGUUUACCAAUGUGUAGGAGCACCCCAAAAAUCCACCAUUGCAGAGAUUAUGGGCACUCUAAUGAACGACGAUGUAACAACCGCAUACAAUAAGGUGCUGUCGAUAAAGCAAGGUAAAGGUCUGUCGAUGCAAGACAUCGUGGGUCGUGUUCAUUUAUUUAUUGCCAGCCUCGAUCUCAAAUCGCAAGUGAAAGUCUUCAUUUUCUCUAAAUUAGGUGAAGUAGAGAAGCGAUUGACUGUAGGCACCUCGGAGAAUAUCCAACUUGCUUCACUCGUCGCUCUAAUAUUCCAGGCUCGCCAGCUCAUGUGAAGUUUGCAAGGAGUAGGACUUCAUGUAAAAAAAUUUCGGCAGUAUAACUUGACCUAUGAACAUGCUUUAGGGAUUUGGAAAUAAUCACGUCAACUAAUGCUCACCACUUACUUCCACUCAAAUACUUUACGCCACCUGUAUGGAACUCAUUUGUUAACUAGAAGUUGGAUAAUAAUAAAAGUGAAUAUAUUCGAAUGA